AUUCCCCGCAGCGCCGCCAUAGUUCCCUCCCAACACUUUCUAGGCACAUCUGACUGCCCUUUGCAGCCCGAAGCCAUGGACGGCCGUCUUCCACUCCACUUCCGUCCGAGACUUGUCAGCCAAGCAGCUGCGUUCGUGCAAUUGCCCAUUCCAGACGCCCAAUCGCCGCACUCGACCGUCCCGAAAUUCCUCACCCACGGCGCAUUUUAAAUCGCCCCGUAUCAGCCUUCGGGCAACCACGCCUACCGUCGCCCAGUCCUUGCCAUGGCGACGCUCGUUCAUACCGCGACCACGUCUGGUACAGACAUUGCGCCCUCUACCCUCUCCGCCAUGCCCUCCAACGGCAACACUCCCGAGCAGACGGUGAAUAGCUCCACUCGGAGUACCCGCAAGAUCAAACACUGUCACGUUUUCGCGACCCACUCGCAGCAGCGCACGUCAUGUCUGACCCAGGGCGCCGAAACCCCCAGCUUCCUGGGAUUUAGGAAUCUGAUGAUCCUCGUCCUCAUCGUCUCGAAUCUCCGGCUUAUGAUUGAGAACUUCCGCAAAUAUGGAGUCCUGAUAUGCAUACGUUGCCACGAUUACCGACGAGACGAUGUCAAAUACGGCUUGCUCCUCUACCUCUCCGUCCCCUGCCACCUUUUCAUCGCAUAUAUGAUCGAACUCGCAGCAGCACAGCAAGCGAAGAGUGCUGUGGCCCGGAUGAAGAAAGCCGGCGAAGAACAAAAUACCCCAGAGAAAGUCGCCGCUGCCCGGCGGAGCUUCAACUGGUCAUGGCGGAUCAUUGCAUUCUUGCACGGUGUGAAUUCUUCCGCCAACCUCCUCAUUGCUACCCACGUUGUCUACAAUCGCAUCCACCACCCUGGCAUCGGUACGCUCUGCGAAAUGCAUGCCAUCAUCGUCUGGCUUAAAACCGCCUCGUAUGCCUUUACAAACCGCGACCUGCGUCACGCUCUCUUGCACCCAGAUCAGUCUGAACCGCUGCCGGAGAUCUACGCGUCCUGCCCGUAUCCUCGAAACAUCAACUGGAAGAAUCUUUGCUACUUCUGGUGGGCUCCAACGCUCGUUUACCAGCCCGUAUACCCUCGCACCGAGCGCAUUCGUUGGAUGUUCGUGGCUAAACGACUUCUCGAGGUUGCCGGCCUUAGCAUUGUUAUCUGGAUCGCUUCCGCCCAGUACGCCGCGCCCCUACUCCAGAAUUCGCUGGACAAAAUGUUCACUUUGGAUUUCGUCUCUAUCGUCGAGCGUGUAAUGAAGCUUUCCACCAUCUCACUAUUUUGCUGGCUCUGCGGCUUCUUCGCACUGUUUCAGUCCUUCAUGAAUGCCUUGGCUGAAGUCAUGAGGUUUGGCGACCGGGAAUUUUACGGUGACUGGUGGAAUGUGAGUAGCGUUCGCGCCUACUGGACGACUUGGAACAAGCCCGUCACGAACUUCAUGCGCCGCCACAUUUACAACUCUCUCGUACGUCGCGGAUGGCCAGCCAUGUAUGCCCAGGUCGCAGUCUUUGUCCUUUCUGGCAUACUGCACGAGUUGCUCGUCGGCGUCCCCACGCACAACAUCCUGGGCGUGGCGUUUGCGGGAAUGAUGAUCCAAAUACCCCUCAUCUUCCUUACCGAUGUCAUCCAGAAGAUGAAGGGUAUGGGCGGCGAGGUCAUGGGCAACAUGAUCUUCUGGAUCAGUUUCUGUCUCGUUGGACAGCCUCUGGCGGCGCUGCUGUAUUUCUUUGCCUGGCAGGCGAAGUACGGUAGUGUCUCCAAACAAUAUCAAGAAAGCCCAGCGCUACAAUUCUUCGUCAGACGCUAAUCCGGCAUCCUAGGUCGCUAUUGGUCCGGUUGGGUCUUCCCAGCUGCUCUAUCCGCAUGGAUCAUGAUGGCUCAGCUGUUGCUAUCGUUUGCAGAGCAAUCGCAGUAGUUGCGUUGGACUAUGACUGUGAGAUUGUAUAGAUAGCUCUAUCUUCAAUGAAUCAAUAUUCGAGACUGCUGCCC